ACCUGUAGCACCGAGCAUGCGCUGCCAGCUGCCCCCUAACGGAAGGAGAUGCCGUGUGUGCCUGCUGGGGACUCGGUUUCCUUAGCAAUGGCCAACAGCCUGAGGCCCAGACUGAACAAAAACAAUAGCAAUGCUGGAGUAACAUCAUCCGGGGUUUCAUAGAAAACCUCACUGGGCUGCCGUAACCCGACCUUGGAGCCAGUAAGCUGGACAGCAGGACGGUGUGCAGUCAUACCGGGCCCUUCUCCGCUAGCCAAACACCAUGGAGGACUAUGAGAAAAUACUGAAAAUUGGCAGAGGGGCAACUGCGGAAGUCUUUUUAAUGAGAAAUUUGAAAAACAAAAAGACAUUUGCUGUCAAAAAGAUAAAGAUAGACACAUCCAAACAGAUGAGAACCAAAGAGGGUAUUAUUCAAGAAGCCACUAUAUUACGUAAAAUUGUGCAUCCUCAUGUGAUAACAUGCCAUGAGUACUUCUGUGACCUCGACGAUGAGCAUGUUUUCAUUGUCCAGGACUAUUGUGAUGGAGGUACACUUGAUGACCACAUCAAAGAGAGACAAGGUGACUUUUUCCCGGAAAGCACUAUUAUGGAGUGGUUUGUUCAGCUGACUAUGGCUGUUCAGUACAUUCAUUCCAUAAAAAUCCUUCAUAGAGAUAUUAAAACAUCGAAUGUCUUUCUCACCAAGAAAGGCAUAGUUCGGCUUGGAGACUUUGGAAUCUCCAAAAUCAUGAGCAGCACCAUCGAUAUGGCAAGCACGUGUGUUGGAACACCAUAUUAUCUCAGCCCAGAGCUCUGCCAGGACAUUCCUUACAGUUCCAAAUCAGACAUAUGGGCUCUUGGGUGCCUCCUUUAUGAGAUCUCAGCCAUGAAGCCUGCUUUUGAAGCAAAUAACUUAAUAAGCCUUUUCUACAAAAUUGUAAAAGGGGACUAUUCUCCUCUUCCAGAAUAUUACUCAGCAGACCUGCAUGACUUAGUUAGAACAAUUUUGCAAAAGAUGCCAGAAUCCAGACCAAAUGCAAGCUCCAUCCUGAACUUUGGUUUUGUCCAUAGACAUUUGGAAAUCUUUAUUCAGAAGCAUGAACUUCAGUUGUUUAAACAUAUUAUGGAAAAGAAAGACAAUAAAGAAAAUGCUUGCUUGUCAGAUAAUCGGAGCAGAACAUCUAUGGCUUAUCAGGUGCCCAAGGAAGAUUUCAGGUGUAAGUCGGCUCCACCAAGUUCCUAUAAGCCUGAUGUUCACUCUUGUGAACUGUGGGAACAGGGUGAGCUGUCUAGUACUGGAGACAGAUCAGAGUAUUCUGAAGACUUUGACAAUGACAGUCUGUCUUCAGUAGAGGAGAACCUAGAGGAGAUAGAGUGUCACCCAUGUCAGAAUGAGGAUAUUCCAGAAGAAAUAGGUUUUAAUGAUAAUGAUGGUGGCGGUGAUGGUGACAACGAAUACCCUGAUGAUUUUGAGGAGUUUGAGGGAAACACUCUGGAGCUGGUAGUCACCCAUGCUCGAUCAGCAAUGGAUUUAUAUCCUGAUAAUGACACCUUCGAAGAAGACAGUAAAGAACAGGACUUACAUUGUAUGUCACAAACACUCAAAACAAUGCGCCAGCAAUGCAUAGGGGAUGUUGGACAAACCCUGUAUGAAGAGAUCUCCAGCCAUUUCCUGAAAGGUUUGACACCUAAAGAUCUGCAGCCACAGUUUGAACACCAGAUGGGACCAGAUAGACUGGAGACCUGCUACCUUCUCUUCAACAUGGAUCAAGAAACCCCUUCAUAACCCAUCUAAAGAGACUUAUUUUAUUUUUUUGUUUUUUUUUACUAUUUUAAUGAGGGUAAUCAAAUAUUAAAAUAAACCUGCCACCACUUGCCUGACCCUCUUCUCCCCUGUUGCAAUCUCCUUACAGAGGUGGGUGUAACAUUUCUGUAUCACCCACCAUCAGCUCGCCCUCACUUCUCCUGUGGUCUUCACUGAUCAGUCACUCCAUUCCUAUACUGUCUAGCCAGCACAAGCAGCUCCAGCUAAGUUACCAUAGCAACCAUGGAGCAUGCAUGGUGGAUGCUGUGGAUGUAGAGCAGGAGAACCACCUGUGGGAGGUACCUUCUGCUCUCCCUGUCAAUCAAUUCUUCGGUAUAGACUCUGCUGAAGAACUGACUGACAGGUGGCAGAAAAACAUUUUUUAAAUAGGUUAUUCAUGUUUACUAAAAGUCAGUCUUUUUAAAAGUGAACAGAAAAGAAAGAAACCAUGCCAAAGCAUUUUACUUUUUCAUGCUUUUUGUAGUUUACAUGUUGUUUUGUUUUUUGAGAGCAUUAAAUUCUAGUUAUACAUUGUGCCAGCAAAUGUGUAGAUUGUGAGAAAAAUCUAUUCCAAAAUAGUUUUUAUCCCACCUGUCAAUCGAUUCCUCAGCAUAGCCUAUUCAAAUAAUUGAUUGAUAAAGGAGAUCAGAAGAGUCCUUCUGCCCUCCAUGUAUAGUAACAUACAUGGCUAGCAUCAUAGCGCUAGCUGGGGUAUAGAGGAAUGCAGUGAUUAAUGUCACUCUGUUCCGGUGGGGUAUAGCGGAAUGCAGUGACUGAUGUCACUCUGUUAUAGUGGGGUAUAGAGGAAUGAAGUGACUGAUGUCACUCUGUUCCAGUGUUAAUUUUUGCAGCAAAUUUCAAUUUGGUUUUAGUCAUAGCCUUUUGAUUAAAAAGCCAUUUUAGUUUAAGUUAUGUUUUAGUCAUCUGAAUUGUUUUAGUUUUAGUCGACAAAAUUAACACUGCUCUGUUCAGAAACAGGAAAUGAAGCCAGCAUGUCUGCAUCACAUAGGUUUGCCUGACUUUUGGAAAGGGUACCCAAGCAUGGCAGAUUAAAAAAAAAGGCUGUGGGCGGACCGGAGGUAUACAGAAGUAUAACUCGCACCUCUGAAUACAUGGCUGUGGAGGGCUAGCUGAGUCCUGACA